AUGUGGGCUGAAACACUGGACACCUUGUCUUUUUCUAAGUUUUCUUUUAAAUACAAACCCAAAAGAAAUAUAGAACAAGUCAAACACAAAGUAAAAGGAUGGUGGACCCAGACAGAUCUAGUUAAGGCAAAACAAGAAAUUGCUGACAGCAUCAUAUCUGCUUGCAAUGAUUGUGUCAGUGAUAAAAUCACGAUGAAAACCAACUAUCAUGAUACUUAUAUCCAGGAGAUCCUUCACAUCAUUGAUGAGAGGCUGAGUAAGGCUGAUGUUGACACGGACAUUGAGUUUGAAGUGUCUCUGAAACAGCACAUCUGUGGCUCUGCAGCCAGGAAGUUUCAGAAAAUGCAUGAUUUUAUACAAGAAAAUGAUCCUUACAGACGUCUGCAGAAGAACAAAGACAAGUUUUGUGCAGAUUUCAAAGAUGUGUUUAAUGAGCGAUACCAAUGCCAGAAGAAAGCUGAAGAAUUCACCGACCAGUGUCUGAAACCUGCUGUGGAAGACUUUGUCUAUCGUCAUCUUGGUCUUGAUAUUGUUAAUAAAAUGCUGACAAGAGAGGAGUUCAGCACACGGAUGUCCUUCCAGUAUUAUAUUUUACUGGAUCUGAUUUCAAAGAGUGACUUCAAAAGCUUUCAGAGAUAUAUUCUGUCAUAUGAGUAUUAUGUAAAAUCAUGGAUAUCUGAUAGAAUUAAGGAGAUUUUCUCCUCUGAUUCAGCAUUAUGUGAGUUUGAGGACAGACAUCUUCAGUCCUGCAUUGACUGCAUAAAUGCUGCCAUUGAAAAGGCAACAGCAGAAAAGACUGACAGUCUGAAGACAUUUGCAGAAAAUAUCUGUAAAGAACUUGGUGAUAAACUGGUCAUUUCCCAGGAUGCUCUUGAUUCCUUAAUGGUUCUGAACAAAGCUGACCAGGACCAGUUUGCUUACUGGCUCAACAAAUGUGUGAUGGACAUGACAGAAGCUCUUAGAGACAAGUUUAAAGACAUUACAUUUGACACAAAACUCACACAUCUCCAUGUAAAACCCCAGAAUGAGCUGUUCAACAGAGUUAUUGGUUGUGGUGAACAGUGUCCAUUCUGCAAAACACCCUGUGAUGCAGGUGGAGAAGCCCACACUGAACACUUUGCUGUACUGCAUAGACCAAACGGUUUAGGUCGUGUCAGGUGGGGUGGCUCAAAUAAACUCUCUACUGACAUCUGUUCUUCUCUUGUUAUCAGUGAUGAGCAUUUUAGCCUCAGAGCUACCAGCAGUAAAUACCAUCCUUACAAAUAUUAUAGGAAAAUUUAUCCAGACUGGGAUAUUCGUCCAGAUGUGAGCCUUGAGGCUUCAGAUUAUUGGAAAUACGUGAUGAACAAGUACAACAAGGAGUUUGCUGAAGCGUAUGAUGCUCUGCCUGCUGACAUUCCUGCUGUCUGGAAGACUAUCACAGAAGAACAGGCAAAGGAAAGUCUCAAGAAGUCAUUCUACAUGAAGUGAAAUCACAAGUCAGGUUUAGUUAAAGGAACACAACAGUAUUUUUUGCUUUUUGAUGUACUACUGCAUUAAAUAAGUACAUUUUAAUUUUGGGUGAUUAUUUGGAAACAUUUCUUUGUAAACAAAUCGUUUAAAGUUAACGACUCGUUACAAUUAACUGUUCAUUGUCGUUACAUGUUUGUUCAACUGGGUGUAUUGCUGCAAAGUCACUUUAUGCUCUCUGUUGAAUUUCCUAAAAUAGAAAUUUUUAUAAAAUUAAAUACUAAACUGAACCUUGCUGUAUUGAUUAUAAUAAGGUCAAAUCAGAAUGGGUGUAUGUAAGCUUGAAUCUGUUUAUAUGAUUUGGUUGAUGUUAAAUUAUUUGUAUUUUGAUUAUUGCAGCUUUUGUAUGGGUUCAAUAAUAUAUUCUUCUAUGUAGUUCCAUAUUGAUUGGUACAUUAAUGUCAAACAAUAGGUAUGACAGCAGUCAUUAGGAUAUUUGGUGAUGUGUUGAUAUGAAAAUGUAAUUUCUUUGCUAUUCUAUCAUCUUCAUCCUUCCAGACUUAUAAGGAUUCUGGCUUUACUGUCUAGUUCUGGAUCUCAUGUUUUAAGUUUUUCCUUUCUUGAUAUUAUCUAUGUUUUCAUUUAUUUGAGUUUGUUAACUUCUGUUUAUCUCCUCAGCUAGCCCUGCUUAGCUGCCAUUUAUUGUUUUUAUUAUACUCAUCUGGGUUCUAUGUCAUCAGUUACAUCUCCACACUAUUUAAGGUCUCUGGUUUCUUUGUUUAUUGCUGGAUUCUGCUGCUCCUGUUCUGGUUCAUCCUGUGGUUCUUCCUGUGUCAUGGUUAACCCUCAGUUGUUCCACCAUGGUUCUUUUUUCUAAGCAUUUAUCCUAAAAUGGAACAGGAAAAUCAAGAUGAGCAAUGGACUCAGCAAUAGGAAGAAGAGGUUUUUCAAGGCGUUCAAUCAAAGUUUAAAUAUAAGCCAACUUUUGUUCUAGCCCUCUGUGGUACUCUGUUUUGGUGUUUUCUUGUGUUAAAUGUCUUUUUUGUUUUGAUGUUUUUAAACACAAUGCACUUGGUGCUAUGUUUGUUAUUAAAAUAAAAACAAAGCAGAGCUCCAUGUGUCAUUGGCUCAG